AUGGGCAGUGUGAUUUCUGUUUCCCAGACGGCGUUUGUUAAGGGCCGGCAGAUUCUUGACGGCAUCCUUAUUGCGAAUGAGGUUGUGGAUGAGGCCCGCAAGUCUAAGAAGGAGUUGCUUCUCUUUAAAGUUGAUUUUGAGAAGGCUUAUGAUUCUGUUGAUUGGGUCAAUGGUAGUCCAGCUGAUGAGUUUCCUCUAGAGAGGGGCUUAAGACAAGGGGAUUCGUUGUCCCCUUUUCUUUUCCUGAUGGCUGCGGAGGGUUUACAUGUGUUGAUGGAGGCCAUGGUGGAGCGUGAUUUGUUUACGGGGUAUAGUGUUGGCGAGAUAGCUCCAGUUUCGGUGUCGCAUCUUCAGUUCGCCGACGAUACGUUAUUGAUGGGGACAAAGUGUUGGGCGAAUGUUCGUGCUUUGCGGGCUGUCCUUGUGCUAUUCGAGUCUAUGUCGGGUUUGCGUGUUAACUUUCACAAAAGCCUGCUGGUUGGGGUUAAUAUCCCUGAUUCUUGGUUAGGCCGUUAUGGAGUUGAGCGAGGUAGGCUGUGUGAGGGUGGAGCGCGUGGGUCUACAUGGUGGAGGGAGAUGGCGCGUAUUUGGGAUGGCGGAGGAGAGCUAGGGGGAGGGUGGUUCAGAGAGCAUGUUUCGAGAAAGGUGCGGGAUGGGUCCGAUACUUUUUUCUGGACCGAUCCCUGGGUGGAUGGAAUCUCGUUGCGGGAGCGAUUUGGGCGGUUGUUUGACUUGGCAGAAAACAAAUCGGCUUUAGUGGCUGAGAUGUUUAUGCAGGGUUGGGGGAUUGGAGGAGCGGCGUGGGACCAUGUUCCAGAUAGGUGGAAGUGGCAGUCUGCCCUGGAUGACGUUUAUACUGUUCGUUGUGCAUAUCAGCUGUUGACGACACGGGAUGCAGUUACUUUGGAUGAUGCGUCAGGUCUUAUUUGGCAUCGUCAGGUUCCUUUGAAGGUUUCCAUUUGCGCCUGGCGACUCUUGCAGGACAGGUUACCUACCAAAGCAAACUUGGUUACUCGAGGGAUUUUAUUUGAGGCGGGAAAUCAUUGUGUUUCUGGAUGCGGAGAGGUUGAGACGGCUCAGCACCUGUUCCUUUCUUGCAGUACCUUUGGUGUUCUUUGGUCUCUUGUUAGCUCUUGGAUUGACUCUUCUUUGGUGACAGCUCAGACUAUUCCCGAUCAUUUUGUUCAGUUUACAUACUCAACAGGUGGUCUUCGAGCACGACGUUCUUUCAUACAGCUUAUAUGGCUGGCUUUCUUCCUUGAUACGUCUUGUGCUGAGUAG